GAUUAUUAAACCAUUGUUAAUUCGGCAUUGUCUGCAUCUGGGUCUUACCUUCAUACCUGAUAGUAGUGAUGGCUCCUCUGUAAGUAAAAUUCAUGUCAACUAGUAAUGUUUAAACUGAGAACUCAACACUGACAUAUUGGGUGAUAGUACUAUGUCUAACUGCCUGGUUAAGGGCAUACCAUGAGAUCUGGGAUUUGAUUGGUCCCUUGCUGAAAAUGGAAAAGGAGUCACAGAGAACAUGGUUCUGAUUGGUUAUUUGUGUGUUCCACAGGAUGACUGCUCCCUGACCCACCUGAAUCUGGCGGGAAAUGGACUGAUGGACAGCAGCAUUUCCACCCUCGCCAGGUGUCUGCCUCUCUGUCCCUCCAUGGUGUCUGUGGACCUGGCAUGGAACCCAGCGGUGACCUCAGCGGGACUCCACAGCAUCCUCUCCAACCGGCGACCUUUGACCUAUCUCAACCUCCAAGGUUGUCAGGUAGCCGGACCCUGGGACAGCUCUAGUUUGGACGACUUGUCAGACCAGGUCCAGGACCUGUGGCUGUGCUCCCAGGUGCUCAACAAACUGGACUGCAAGGCGCUGCAGCAGAUCUGGGGCCAGAGGAGGCCCGGGGGCUGCUUCCUCUCCAGGGAUGCCAAGUGCCUGCUCACUACUGCCCCUUUACUGUGAGGAAGACUCCUUGAGUUUUCACACCUUUAAAGACUGGUGUCGCUUCGAUUCCAAUGUGUACACUUGAGAUGAUUUACACUCCUUGGUCCUCAUAUUUGAGGCAUCUUUUGGUGACACAGGCUGCAGAGGGAUCUCGGCACCAAUAUUUUGAAUGCAUUAUGUAGGUAUAAUUAUUACAGGGUGUGUGUGGGAACUCUUUCAAGACUGUUGGAAAAGUUUUCCUCAAGAAGCUGGUUGAGAGAAUGUCAAGAGUGAAAAGCUGUCAUCAAGGCAAAGGGUAGCUAGCUACC